AAUGGAUUUAUAUAUAUACGCAAAGUGGUUUGGUAGAUGAGCAAACUUUCUUUCUUUCUUCUCGCACAGACACACAUAGGUCCAUCGAUCUUGAUCGCCAUUCAAUGAGAAUGCGAGACCGUAAAGCCGCCCCAGAUUGCUCUGUUUCGUCAUCAUCGUCUUCAUCCAUCACCGCCGCUCAUUCAUUUGCUUCUUCCCAAGAUUCCUCCAACUCUUGUCAAUCUCAUCCGGUAUUACCGCGCUGCCGCGGCCUCGAUUUGCUGGUCAAAGCGAUCCACCAAGUAGAUGCUGGAUCGGUUGUCGGCGUGCCUUACAUCCAGCGCCGCGUCUCCAUUAGGAGGAGGAGGAGGACCGGUAGGAUUGAAUUCGACGCCUUCGUCUUCGGCAGGAAAGGGAAAGGGAAAGGGGGCGGGAUUAAGAAGACAGUUAGCAGCAAUAAGAAGGCGGCCAAGGGGAAAAUGAGAUCUGAUGAAAUAGGCUUUUUGAUUCAUAGUUGGAGUUCUGGUUGUGUUGAAGAAGUACUACUUCUCUAUGAAAUGCUGUGAAGGUGUAUGAAACAUCAAAAUGAAAUUAUUUUGAUUUAUCAUUGUCUGGCAACAUCAAAUAGGCGUCAGAGCUUGAGCCGGUGUUGCGCACCUGAAACGCGAUGUCAGAAUUGAACAACGAAUAAGCCUCAAAAUCAGUUGAGAUUCCACAGCUCUACCACGUACCAGUCAGUGUUUAGCUCAUCCGAUCAAGCAUAGAUUUGGAGUCGAAAUUUGAUGUACUAGAUCCUAGUUUGUUAUUAACCAAGUGUGAUCUAUAUCUUACAAGAUGGUCCAUUAAAACAAUCAGAUUAUUGGAUGGAACAAUUUCAGAAAUCAGAAUAUUGGAUCAAGAGGACAAAACUAUUGGCACAUAUGACACUCUAGCUAGGUCAGGGUGUAGUGCACACACAAGCAUUUUUAUUAAUCGAGAUAAUAUAAGAAAAUUUUUGGAUGUCAUAAAAAUGCUCCCAACAUGUAUAAAAGUUGUAAACUUCUUCAGCAUGUUAGAUCAUCUCCAAUCAUACACCAAAAAUGAGUUUUGGUGUAGAAAUCUUCUCCAAUCAUACACUAAACUUAAAC